GCGAUACUUGAGCACCCCUCCCCCUCUCUCGUUUCCACCCCGUUUGUGUUUACGUAGCGAGUAGAUAUUUAGGUUUCUAGAAGGCAGGUCAUUGCAGGCCCCACCCAGCAGUGGAGAGAGUGAGUCCCAGAGGGGGUUGCCAGCGAGCUCCUCUUCCUUCCACUCCCCACGGUCCCCGAGUCGAGGGCCCCCAGGGGCGUAUGACGCCGGAGCCCUCUGACCACAACAAACCCCUACUCCACCCGUCUUGUUUGUCCCACCCUUGGUGACACAGAGCCCCAGCCCAGGCCCCGCCCAAAGCACUCAUUUAACUGGUAUUGCGGAGCCACCAGGCUUAUGCUUACCGUAACUCGCUCAGGUCGCUGGGCGUAGCUGCGACUCCGCGGAGUCCCGGCGGCGCGUCCUUGUUCUGAACCGGCGCGCCAUGACCGUCGCGCGGCCGAGCGUGCCUGCAGCGCUGCCCCUCCUCGGGGAGCUGCCUCGGCUGCUGCUGCUGCUGCUGCUGGUGCUUUUGUGCCUGCCGGCCGUGUGGGGUGACUGUGGCCUUCCCCCAGGUGUACCUAAUGCCCAGCCAGCUUUGGAAGGCCAUGCAAGUUUUCCCGAGGGUACCGUAGUAACGUACAAAUGUGAAGAAAGCUUUAUGAAAAUUCCUGGCAAGAAGAACUCAGUGAUCUGCCUUAAGGGCAGUCAAUGGUCAGAUAUUGAAGAGUUCUGCAAUCGUAGCUGCGAGGUGCCAACCAGGCUAAAUUUUGCAUCCCUCAAACAGCCUUAUAUCACUCAGAAUUAUUUUCCAGUCGGUACUUUUGUGGAAUAUGAGUGCCGUCCAGGUUACAAAAGAGAGCCUUCUCUAUCAACAAAACUAACUUGCCUUGAGAAUUUAAAGUGGUCCACAGCAGAUAAAUUUUGUAAAAAGAAAUCAUGCCCUAAUCCUGGAGAAAUACCAAAUGGUCAGAUCAGUGUACCAAAUGGCAUAUUAUUUGGCGAAACCAUCUUCUUCUCAUGUAAUACAGGGUACAAAUUACUUGGCCCAACUUCUAGUUUCUGUCUUACUUCAGGCAGCUCUGUCCAGUGGAGUGAACCGUUUCCAGAGUGCAGAGAAAUUUAUUGUCCAGCACCACCACAAAUUGACAAUGGAAUAAUUCAAGGGGAACGUGACAAUUAUGGAUAUAGACAGUCUGUAACGUAUGCAUGUAAUAAAGGAUUCACCAUGAUUGGAGAUCACUCUAUUUAUUGUACUGUGAAUGACAUUGAAGGAGAAUGGAGUGGCCCACCACCUGAAUGCAGAGGAAAAUCUCUAACUUCCAAGGUCCCACCAACAGUUCAGAAACCUACCACAGUAAAUGUUCCAACUACAGAAGUCUCACCAACUUCUCAGAAAACCACCACACCAAAUGCUCAAGCAACACGGAGUACACCUGUUUCCAGGACAACCAAGCAUUUUCGUGAAACAACCCCAAAUAAAGGAAGUGGAACCACUUCAGGUACUACCAGUCUUCUAUCUGGGCACACGUGUUUCACAUUGACAGGUUUGCUUGGGACGAUAGUAACCAUGGGCUUGCUGACUUAGCCAAAGAAGAGUUAAGAAGAAAAUACACACAAGGACAUAUACAUCAAGGUCAUCAUGAAAAUGAUGACACAUGAGGAGGUGUUAUGUUUGAAGACAGCAGAGAAGGAAAGGACUAGAGACAUUUAGUCAAUUAGCAGGCAAUGCUAAAGACCCAGUUGAGGUGAGUGCUCAUGAAUUUAGAGUGCAAUCAUCAAGCUUGGUUCUGAGUUUUUCUGCAGUCAUAUUUAGCUUUCUAGAUACAGUCUCAGAAAAAACCAGUUGCUUGGAUUUAAUCAUGAUUGGGUGUUCCCAGGUGAAUUUGAUGAUGUGAGUUGAGCAUGUGCACAAGGGAGUGAUUAAAAUGAUGGACCAUAGAAUUUAAGCUAUGUGAGAAGGGAAGUGAAGAUAUAUGAGUGGUAAGAAACAAUGAGUAACAGGAUCAAUAUUUUGUAGGCCUUAAUGGGGUCAUGUCAUUGUUAGACUUGGGGUACUAUUUAGGUUGAACUAGAAUGGUAAUAUGCAGUAGUGAGAAAUAAGAAUGCCUCAAUUGAGGGUAAAACAGAAUUGGCGACCAGAGGACAAAGCAGUCUACAAAUACACUUCCCCUUCAUUUUGGGCACAAAGUUAGACACAUUUCCUGGCACCCUUGCAGUUAAGUGUAGACAUAGGACUGAGUUCUGGCCAAAGGAACAUGAUCAGAGAUGUAUAGCUUUCUAAGUCUAGUCCUAAAACAUUCCCAUAUGCGAUCCUCCUUGCCUCUUUCCCUACACUGAGUUGAUGAAAGUGAUUGUAGUAACCUACUAAGUCACAUGCUAAAGAUAACAGAACCACAGAAAGGAAGGAGCUUGAGUCAUUGCUUUGAGGAGAGCUGUCUGCUGAUCAGGAACACCCACAGUAGAUUUCAUGUGAAGAAGAAAUAAACUGUCAUGUUUGAGUUCUAACAUUUUGGGGAUUGGUGUGUUACGUUAUUGUGGUUGACAUUAUCUAAACUAACACUAAAGCCUUCUAGAUUUUGGUGAUGCAAGGGUUUAGACAGAACUAUGGUUGUGAGAAGUUGAAAUAAAAUAGUGGACAAAAGUACUGGUGAAGAGGAGGCCAUGGAACAUCUUAAUUGACACUGAAAUCACCAAGCAUGGGGAUUCAUGUUAGAGGGGCUAAAAUCUUCAUGAAAUGAGGAGGAGUGGCUUGUACAUCUGAAGAUGAUUGCAAACAAGAAGAUAGCAGGUGCUAUAUUCUGAUGAUACGCGACUCGAAGGAAAGGGUUUUGUGGAAAGGAAGGAGGACGGGUCUGCAAAUAGCAAUGAUGAAUAAAACAGGGCACCAACUUCACCUCUAUGCCUGGUACUAUGUGGAAUGAAAGUGCAAUGAGAUAUUUUUGCCUACCAGAGAUUUGUUUGCACAUUCAAACCCACUGUAUGAUCCUCUUCCACUCCUUGUUAUUGCAAUCCCCCUACUUUGUGAUAACCCACCCCUGUCUGUUGAGGGAUUUGGAACUGGCUCACUGUCUCCCAACCAUCCUGCAAUCUGGUAUUGUCCAUAAUUAUUUCACAUUGACAAGGAGGACUCCUUAUAACAUCUGUGCCUCUGGAUUUUAUUGACCUUUUGAUUUCUAAUGACCUCCUUCACUCUAUCUGAGUCACUCAUCUCCAUGGAACCUUCUUAAAUCACUAAUUCAGGCAUAUUUUCUUGCUCAAUAUAAUCUUUUCAGCUUUCUAGUUUAGUUACCCCAGUAUGUUCAUCAACUCUCCGCCUUCUUCCUAUUUAUAAGUCUGCUGUGAUGGAUAUUUUCUGUUUGUUCAUCCAGAAUCACUCUCUAGCACACUCCAACUUGCUGUGACCUCAGAGGCUGACCUAUAAUGGAGGCUGUGGAGGGGAGAGCUGCAUUCCUUCUAAUUUUUGUUUUGUCUCAAAACACUCCACGACUUCUUACUUUGUCAUUUUUUUUCUACCAUCCUAUCACCAAAGGAUGGCUCCCCUUCCUUUUGCCCUUUUCCUCUUUUAGAAACUACACCUUUCAAAGGCUAUCAACUCAGAUCACAUUAUGUUUAUGGCCCUUUCUUGAAGGUAGUGCUUGUAGUUAGUGCUCUGGUCUACAAGGACACCUUUUCAGCAUUUUCAUUUUUACGGCAGACUCUUACUUUCUGGCAAUGGUUUUGGAGCAAUUUGAGGACUCUGCUAGCUCAGCUUUUUUCUCUUUCAUGAUGUCUUUCCACAGACUGCCCUUGCUCACCACAGAGGCUUCUAGGAGCAGUGUGAAGGACUCCUGGGUUGUUUUUGUUUGUUUUCUUAUAGACAAUUUGAAGUUGGUGCUUUGUCUUCUAGUUAUGUUGAGAAUGUGGUUUUCAUGUGACCACACUUCCUAUUGGCGUGGCUGUGGAAAAUCAGAUGUUUUUAUAUAUUAUUGGUGGGAAUGCAAACUGAUACGGCCAUUUUAUAGGGGAAUUUUCCAAUAUCUAAAAAAAAAAA